AUGGGGAGCUACAAGGAGAGGAAGCUGCGCGAUUUCACAGUGGCCGUCUGUUGGAUGAUCUACUUCCCCGACACCGACAUGGCACAUUAUGGCUUGGAUCCUGCCGAGCUUGGCUUGUGGGCGGUCCACCUCGAUUUCGCUCGUGACCUCCCGACGGGUGUCUGGAGUGUCAUGAACGAAUUGAACCUCGACAAGUUCGAGAACUUCGAGAACAUCAUGAACAAGACACAUGCACGGGUGAAGGACGGCGCGCAUUUCCAGGUGGCCGUUUGCACAGGGAUUGGACAGGCCCUGGUACACGGAGGGAGUGGGCUGGUGUCGCCCCCCGCGAAUGUCACUCCCGCGGUCUAUGCAGCGGGAGUAGCUGCAACCCUCUACACCUUGUGGUGUGCCUCGAUCGGCAUUCCCCACCCAGACUGGGCGGAGGGUGCGGAUGAGGCGGCUCGUGGCACGCUCAACGAGGCAAGCCUUGCUAGUCGAGCAACCUCUACUGCUCGGCUUGGAGUGUGGACUUUAAAAGCCGUGAAGAACCUAACGCACGAGAAGGCGGAUUGGGAAGUGGUGCUCACCAAGGCCAUUCUCGGCCUUGUGGAUCCCGAGCCCGGGGAGGCAGAGGCUAUCGAAAUGGCCAAGGUUGUUUCGAGGGUGCUGGUGUACUGGUGCGAGUGCUGUCACGCAAACCAGAAUCUCUACGCGUAUCAGGGUGGGAUGCUCCAUUUUUCCCCGCCCACAAAAGGGGGACGGCGGAAGGGGAAUGCGGGAGGCAACGAGUGA